CGUACCUUUCCAUGGUCUAUAUAAUCCCCGAAGGGCUCUCACCUCCAAUGUUCCUUUCCAUGCUAAUUAAGCAACAUCCAAAACAUAAGUAAAACACUAUUAUAGAAGCUCUUACAAAGAAAAAAUAUGAAGAAAGCUACGGCAUUGAUGAAACAUAUCGUUGCAUUGUUGAGUUCCAUGGCGAAGGCAAAAUCUAUAGCCAUAAAGAACAAAACGAGUGCUUUCAAGACACGAGUACUCAUGUUGUCUCUAGUGAAACACAAGAAACUCGGGUUCCGUUCCAUUUCCAACAAGAUUCACCACCUCUUGGGCCAUGCGGAUCAAGACGACGAUAACGACCAGGACCAAGACAAGAACAAGGCUAUAGUCCUCUACAACAGCAAGGCAUCCACAAUGGCUCAUCAUGAGGAAUAUGACGUUCACGAGGAGGAAAGCGACAAGUAUCCUGAUCUGAGGCACACGUUGUUCGAAGGAGAGGAGGACUUCGGGGACUUGGAGGAGGAAGGUCAAGGUAGUUCUGUGAUAGAUAUGGUGAGGACCUCGAAGGAAGAAGAAGGAGAGAAUUUCAAGCUAGAAGAUGAGAUCGACCAUGUCGCGGAUCUCUUUAUUUCUAGGUUUCAUAAGCAGAUGAAGCUUCAGAAACUCUUGUCCUUCAAGAGGUAUCAAGAAAUGCUAGCCCGAGGCACCUAAACCCAUAUCCAUAUAUAUAUAUAAACAUGUUGGCAAUAGAUAUGAAUAAUAGAUUCAUAUUAUGAUCUUUGCUAACGUACGUUCUUAUUUUGUGUUGUCUAUGAUAAAUCCUUCGAGUUCUCUUAUUUUCUAGGAUCGAAAUAUUACGGUCUCUUAGAUCUGUUUUCAUUUAAUAUGUUGAAGUUGAAGGAAGGAUCUGCUUUGCGGAAUAUGUUUUCUUCCUCCUUGAGACCGUACUGUGUAAGAUCUUUUAAGUGUUACAAUAUAGAGCAUUAUUUUUUGGCUUA